AUAAAACUAAGAUUGUCAAACCACAAAGUUCAUUCAGAUUCUAGGAUCUACCCGUCCAUCAAGACACUUUUUCUGAGUGAUCGACAACAUGAGCAGUGUUGUGUUUCAGACAGGCUUCCAGGCCACCAGCUUUACUGUCCCAUAUGUCAGUCCCAUCGCUGAAGGACUACAAGAUGGAAAAGCCAUUUUCAUUCAGGGAGCUAUUCCCCUUGAGUCUGAUAGCUUUGUGGUAAAUCUGAAGUGUGGGGAGGCUGAUGGAGACGACAUUGCCUUUCAGAUCAAGCCUGUGUUCAGCAGCAACAGCUUGGUCCUUAACAGCCGCCAAAAAGGAUCAUGGGGGAAAGAGGAGAAACUGCCCUUACCCGUACAAAAAGGGGGCAGCUUUGAUCUGAUUAUUGCUGUCCAUUCUGAAAACUAUCAGGUUUUUCUGAGUGGAGGAGAGGUUGGGAAAUUUAAUCAUCGUAUACCACUGGAAAAGGUCACUGUUCUUGAUAUUGGAGGACAGGUUACAUUAACAAACGUAGUGUUCAUUGGGAGCUGGGCUGGCUCUAACAUCUUUGGGCAGGGCACAAUGACACAGGAGGGCAUGACGUUUGUACAAGGUCCAGUUGAAAUGAAUCAAUCCUGGUCUUUUGGGGGUGGGAUUGGAACACCACAGACAACACAAGUGAUUGAAACCCAAUGGAAUGUACAACCUGUUCAAGGAGAAUUUGAAUUUUCAAUCCUCAAUCCAGUACAAAACCCCACCCUUCCGUAUACGGCCCCAAUUGAUGGGGGACUGAAAGCAGGAAAGGCCUUGUUCUUGCAGGGCAGUGUUGCUAGCAAUGCUGACAAGUUUACAAUAAAUUUCAAGACGGGGCAGUCAGACAAGGAUGACAUUGCUUUUAGCUUCACACCCACAAUGAAGGGGAAAGUGGUCAUGAACAGCUUUAGGGCUGGAAAAUGGGAAACUGAGGAAUAUGGCCCUGAUAAUCCUUUUAAAAUGGGAGAACCUAUUCAACUGUUCAUUGUCACCAAGUCUGAGGGUUAUGAGUUAUAUGUUAAUGGAAGACAAUUUUACACAUUCAAGCAUCGUAUCCCGCUGGACAAAGUUACAGCGUUGAAUAUUGCUGGAAACGUUAAUGUGAACAUUCUUGGCUUCAUAGAAAACUGGACCACAUUUUCACUAUCUCCGCAAUUCACAUCAAUAACCGGUGGGAUCAGCUGCUUUGGUCCUCCUACCAUAAUACAAACAGAGCUCUUAUUUCCACUACAAAAACCUGCCCUUCCCUAUGUGGGCCCAAUAUCUGGAGGACUAAAAGCCGGCAUGGCCUUUUACGUGCAGGGAGUUGCUGGUACUACAGGUGACCGGUUUUCAAUAAACUUCAAGACUGGGAAGGGUGACAAUGAUGACAUUGCUUUCCAUUUCAACCCCCGAUACAACUCAAAUGUGGUCAUGAACACAUUCAGAAAUGGAGUAUGGGAGGCUGAGGAAUUUGGCCCUGACAACCCCUUCCAGAUGGGACAAGCUUUUGAGAUAUUCUUUGUAAUGAAACCUGAAGGAUAUCAAGUAUAUGUGAAUGGCAAGGAGUACUACCUGUUCAAACACCGUAUGCCACUGGACAAAGUGUCAACUUUAUAUCUUAUAGGAGAUGUUGCUUUUAACAUUGGUGGCUUUAUACAAUCCUGGAGCACAUCUUCAUUUGCUGCAAACAUCCAGACUACACCAGUCAUCCAGACUACAACAAUCAUACAGCCUACACCCACAAUCCAGCCUACACCCACAAUCCAGCCUACACCCACAAUCCAGCCUACACCCACAAUCCAGCCUACACCCACCAUCCAGCCUACACCCACCAUCCAACCUACACCAACCAUCACAAAGACCAGUCUGGAUUUUUCAACCUGGUCUCCUUCCACUAUACAUUCACAACUCUUGACUCCAGUCCAAAAUCCUGCUCUUCCCUAUGUGGGCCCAAUUUCUGGGGGGUUGAAAGCGGGACUUGCAUUGUACUUGAAGGGAGUUGCAGGUACUAAAGGUGAUAGGUUUUCAGUAAACUUCAAAACUGGACAGGGUGACAAUGAUGACAUUGCUUUCCAUUUCAACCCCCGAUACAACUCGAAUGUGGUCAUGAACACCUUCAGAAGUGGAGGAUGGGAGGCUGAGGAAUUUGGCCCUAACAACCCCUUCAAAAUGGGAGAACCUUUUGAGAUUUUUUUUGUGUUCAAGCCUGAAGGAUAUCUGGUAUAUGUGAAUGGCAGGGAGUACUAUCUGUUCAAACAUCGUAUUCCAUUGGAAAAAGUGUCAGUGUUGAAUAUUGAUGGAGAUGUUGUGGUGAACCUUGCAGGCUUCAUACAAAACUGGUAUAGUCUUGGCUUUUUGCGCUGGGGCCUUUCCACCAUACAGUCAGAGUUCUCACUUCCAGUCCAAAAUCCUUCCCUUCCCUAUGUGGGUGCAAUUCCAGAAGGGCUGAAAGCAGGACUGGCCUUGUACUUUCAUGGAGUUGUUUGCACUACAGGUGACCGGUUUGCAAUAAACUUCAAGACUGGGCGGACUGACAAGGAUGACAUCGCUUUUCACUUCAAUCCACGACACAACUCGAUUGUAGCUCUGAAUAGCUUUAAAAAUGGAGGAUGGGAGGCUGAGGAAUCUCUCUCUGACAACCCAUUUAAAGUGGGACAAGCUUUUGAGAUGUUCAUUGUCAUCCAGCCUGAAGGAUAUCAGGUAUAUGUGAAUGGCAAGGAGUUCUACCUGUUCAAACACCGUAUACCUCUGGAAAAAGUGUCAGUGAUAAACAUUGAAGGAGAUGUUACAAUGAACCUGUUUGCCUUCAUACAAAAGUGGAGCACAUCUUUAUUUGCCACGCAACUAAGGGGCUUCUUGCGCUGGUCUCCUUCCACCAUACAGUCGGAGCUCUCGCUUCCCGUCCAAAAUCCUGUGAGUGAUACAGUAGAUGUUCUCAAGUGA